UCCUUGCUUUUUACUUGAGCCUUCAUUCCGUUAGAGUACAGGUGAGAGACAAGAAGAAGCAGCAUUGCGGCUUUACGUGCGGCCAUUGAAGCUUUCAAUACUCGGGUUCUGGGCCUCCUCAGUUUGCUUUGCCGCUGCACAGAAGAAAAUAAGAAAGGUUUCUCUGUUCUCGUUCAACGAUAUGAAUGGGCAUCAUGACUGAAAACCCUGACACAAGAAUCCACUACUCUCUCAAAUUAAACUCAUUAUCAUCUUCUUCCUCCGUCACGGAAACUUCAACGGAUCAGCAACAAGCACAAGAAAUCCCCAAAUUGCGAACUCAUAAGUUUCCAACUUACCUCGAUGCGCCAGCUGUUUCUUCAACUGCUCGAACUUUUUGCGAAAUCCUUACCCGGGCCUCUCCGCACGAAGUGGAAUCUGCACUCUCUCGUACCGGAUUAAUCCCCGCACCUGAAGUUGUCCAAGAAGUGCUUAAGCUUUCCUACGAAUCUCCUUCUUCGGCCAUUAAAUUCUUCCGGUGGUCUAGCUGCUCCCAGAAGCACUCGGCCUACACCUGGAAUCUGAUGGUGGAUCUGCUGGGUAAAAACCAGUUAUUUGAUCCAAUGUGGGAUGCCAUCCGCUCCAUGAGGCAAGAGGGAGUGCUGUCCACUGCCGCUUUUGUUUCUGUGUUCAGUAGCUACUGCAUGGCGCACAGGUUCAAUGAGGCUGUUAUGAGCUUUGAUGUGAUGCAUAAAUAUGGCAUCCAACAGGAUAUCAUAGCGGUGAAUGCACUUUUAAGUGCAAUUUGCCUUGAGGACAACCAAACAAGCAGGGCUUUUGAGGUUUUGGAUAAGAUUAAAGAGAAGAUCCUCCCUGAUGGGGAUUCUUUCACUAUUCUAUUUGAAGGGUGGGAGAAGGAAGGCAAUUUGGUGAAAGCCAAGAGUACUUUUGAUGAAAUGAUUGAGUGCCUUGGAUGGAACAAGUUACACAUGUCAGCUUACAGUGCCUCUUUGAUGAUGCUUUUUCGUGGGUCACAGGCAGAUGAAGCCAUCAAGUUGUUACAAGUAAUGAAAGACAACAACUGCUUGCCAGAAUUGAAAUUUUUCUCAAAUGCUCUUGAUAUUCUUGUUAAGCAAAGUGAUUCUACCCAUGUUGUCUUGAUGUGGGAUAUAAUGGUGGGCAGCGGGCUGCUUCCUAAUUUGGUUAUGUAUAAUGCUGUCAUUGGAUUGCUAUGCAAUAAUAAGGAUAUCCAGAAAAUGUUCCAAUUCCUUGAUGACAUGGUUUUGCAUGGAGCUUUCCCUAAUUCUUUGACUUAUAACAUGAUUUUUCAAUGUUUGGUCAAGAACAAGAGGGUUCGCCAACUCCAUAAAUUUUUGUGUGAGAUGAUAAAGAAUGAGGCCCCUCCAACCCAUGAUAAUUGUGCUGCAGCCAUUACAAUGGCCUUAGAGGAGGAUGAUCCGGAAAUGGCAAUUGAUAUAUGGAACUAUAUGGUUGAGAAUCAAGUCUCACCUCUUGAACAAAGUGCCAAUGCAUUGCUCAUUGGACUUUGUAACUUGUGUAGGUUAACAGUGCUUGCAAGAUUUGUGGAAGAUAUGGUCAAUAGGGAAGUCGAUAUAUACGAGUCAACAAUUGCAAAGUUGAAGAAUGCAUUUUAUAAGGAGGGAAGAAGCACAAAAGACAGGUUUGAUAGUCUUCUGAGGAGACGAAAAACAUCUUCAGAGGCUAGAAGGUUUUAGGAUUUGGUCCUUAUUCUCCUAAACCAGUCUUGAGUGGUUAGUAGCUCAUCGCUGGUCAGAUUUUGGCUUGGAUUACAUUAAAGGUGGCAAGGUAAGAAAGGAAGCCCAUUUCCCUUAUUCUAUAUGCUUUUAUGUAGGUGAAAUGGAAGGAAAGCAACACUGAAGCUUCUGAGAGUGCCACCUCUCCUUUUGGUUAGCAUUGAAGAUUACUGGUUUCAAACCCUUGAGUAUUUUGUUUAGAGUUAGUUCUCUCCAAUAUAUAGAUGAUUUAGGGGAUCUUUAGAUAUAUAUGUACAAUUUUGGAAAAUGUUUGAAGUACUUUUAUACAGGGGAGAGACCUCGGUGAGUUGCAUAUAAUGCUCUUCUUUUUCUCUAAACAAGAAUACUAAAUCUAACCCUUCAAUCUAUGCCCAUACUAGACAGCCAGACCCGAAGCCAAGCAACCUAGCAGUCAACCAGAAGGAAAUCUCACAAACCUUGGAGGUCCAAAGAUAUAUACCAGCUUCCAACCAGUAGAACUGGUAUUUCCUUCUCUCCUCUCAUCUCAAAGAAGCCUAGGUGGCUACAUUGGAAGCUCUCAUGCCAACCAAAAUGGGAGGUAAAAAAGUUAGGACAGUGCACUCUUGAUGAGAGAGAGUAAGCCGCCCACCCCUUUUUUCUUGGUUCCUUGAAAAUUGAGAUGAUUCAAUUAUCAUGAAUUUUUAUGUUUCCAAAAGUUAAAACCGGUAGAGACAAGUCUGUUGGGGGUUUCAUUUAUUUUCCCUUGAAAACAAAAAAACAGGAACAGUUAUGUCCUCCAGGGUGCCUAUUUCCUUUUUCUCUUUGACUUAGAGUGGCAUAACAAUUUGUUGUCUUUUUAAAUAAUACGUUUUCACAAGUUUGUGUGUAAAUGGACUCAACUGUGUAGUUUUCUCUUGACUCUAGAGGUAAUAAGAGACCGUAUGGUUGUCUCCCUAUAAGUAUUAGUAUUAUCUUCAAGAUGAUUGCUACAGAAGAUGCAAAA